CGUCUGCAUCAUCAAGAGGGGAUGGAGACAAUAAAAGAGGGGAAGAAGGAUUGGAAAGACAAGACAAGGUUUUCCAUACCUGCUUGCAACCAGACCAUACCUCAUCAGUCAACUCCUUCAUACAGACUCACUACAAUGGAAUCUGCCAUCAAUGUACUUGUCUCCCAGUUCAAGACCUUUGCUGGAAAGGAUGGAUCCUCAAACACCUUGAGCAAAGGGGAGUUCAGCAGCCUGGUGGCCUUUCAACUACCUACUUUUGUCAAGAACGCCAGCGAUCCAGCCGUGAUCGAGCAGCUCAUGGGCUCGUUGGACGAAAACAAUGAUGGGGAGCUGACAUUUUUGGAGUUUUGGCAGCUGAUUGGAAAACUUGCCAACAAGCAAGGGGGCUUUUAGCCAAUAAAAAGACUUCAUGGGAAUCUGUUGGACUAGCAUUGUGCAUUAGGCUACUGUCCAAUGAAAUUAUCCUGAAUGUAGCUGUGUGGUAAACUUUUGAUCUGAAUUGACAUGCACAAUUCUUUAGUUGAUUAUUUUCUAAAGCAGGUGACUUUGAAUAAAAGGAUCCAUUGUCUUAACUCGC